CCCCCUGAGAGGAGGUCAGUGUUGUAAAGCAUCAUUAUGGUAAUACUAUCAAAAUGAGGAACCUGAUUAUAGCUUUACUUCUCUGCAGCCUCAGCUGGAUCUCUGUUUCCGAUUCUGAGUCUAAGAUUGUGAAGGUUCAGUCGGGUGAAGAAGUCACAUUGCUGUGCUCCAACUUCUCCAGUGCUCCCACUCAAAUGCUCUGGUUUACGCUGGUCAACAGAUCCCAGCCCCAGUGUGUGUCCUUUAUGUUCACAGCUUUGGAACAUGCUUCAUUCUGUGGAGGAUUUGAAAAUGGAAAAUUUGAAAUGAGAUCCAACCUCUCUACUCUCUUUCUCAAAAUCAAACAAGUGGAUUUAUUUGACUCUGGCCUGUAUUUUUGUGGAUAUUAUUUAGGAGGACACCCAGUUAUAAUAAGCACAACAUAUCUUGAGGUUCAAGAAGUGUUUGAUGGAAUAACACAGUUGAUGAGUGUGAUCCUGGGCAGUGUGGUUAUUUUCCUCGGUACGAUUGUCAUUUGUCUGACUGUUAAAAUCAAGAAGCUUCAGAAAGCUCAUGCUGAAGAACAAAAUCAACAGCAAGCAGAGGAUGAGCUGAACUAUGCAACUGUGUCUUUUCAUCCAAAACCAAAAAGAAACUGCAGGCCUGCAUCUGAAGGACAGGAGGAUGUCUGUGCUAUUAACUGCAGCUGAAAGAGGAACAUCACGUUUUAGGUUUUGUUUUAUUGAUAGACCUGUGUGCAGGUUUCUAUCACGUUGUCAAAAACUCUUACUUUGUCACAGAGACAUUCAGAAUGCCAUCUUGUCAUUUCUUUAUUUUUUCCUUUGUUUCGCCCGCCUUUAAUCUGAGACCACAUAAACUUGAUUUGGGGGUUUGGCAAAAGAAACCAGUAAAAACACUGACGACUGUCUAGAUUCUCUUACAGAUACAGUUAGAUGGAAGUCUGCAACAGUGCAGUUUCAGAAUCAGCUGUUGUGUCAACUGUUAAACAUACAUCUGAAAGAAAUAGUCAUGACCAGGGUAUAAAAGCGGACAAGAAGAUCAGCAACACAUCACUUGUUUAACAGGAAGAGAUAGCGUGGUGUGGUUUGAACCCAGAUGAGGUUUACUCUCAUCUUUCAUGCAGGCAAAAAGAUGAGCCUCACAUGCAGAAGCUUUUGAAUUAUAGCAAUGGUACGAGUCUACCUGCAUCACAAAAGAGGUGUCAACCUCUAAAACUUGUGAAAAAAAAUUGCUGCAGCCGCAUAUGAAACCACUCACUCUACAGGCUGUACAUACCGAUCCCAUCUAAACAACAGCAGGUGCACCUCCUCUGUCUCCACCAUGAAAGGUGUCUGCAGCUAAAUGACACACACUCUUGUUCAUCUUGGUUAGCAAAACAAAACAGAAACAUAAAAAACUGGACCUUUGCAAAUUUUAUAUAUAAAUACAUUCAAAUUAAAUGUGUCACACACAUCUUUGUCAGAUGGUUUUUAUUGAUGCAACCCCUCACCAAGCCAGCCCCAAAGUGGAACAGUGACUCUUGUUGUUUGAUGGAAUUGGACAGAACGUGUAGUGUUUGUAAUAAUUGAAGAAGCUCAUGAGAGAUGAACUGUCAUUGUGCAGGUAGCUUUUGGUCAACUGUGAGAAGUUAGUUAUGCUGUCUGCCUGACAGACUCAGGAAGUAAAUGGAACUGCAGCUAAAAGUGGAACUGAUUCUUCAUCAUGUUUACCUGCUGUGGUGCUUCGUGUAGGAGGGUGCAAGGAAGUAAAAUCACUUCCAACCUGUACUACGAGAUUGUAUCUGCCUAAAAUAAAGCCUCAAACCACAGGAAGACUCAAAGUCACAUGAUAUAUUCCCCAAGAACCAGUCACAAAAUCAGUACAUUUUGGCAACAGAAGCAACUGUUCAAAGAGAAUCUGAUGGUUUUUAUAUUGAUAUGUUGAUGUAGUUUUAUGUGUCAGUUACCAUCACUUUGGGGAAAAGAAAAAGGCAGUACAAUAUGUUAUGUGUCACCUUCUCCUUUAUUUUUCAUUCUCUCUCUCUCUCUCUCUCUCUCUGCUCUCUGUGUGUCAUGCAGUCAGUAAUAACACUGAUGACUAUCCAGAGUCUCUUAGGUCUGCAGCAGUGAAUGUGUGAGCAACGUUCACCUGAUUGACAGGAGAAGACUGAGUUGCCUCACUGCUGAUUUGAAAAUCAUGAGGUCCAAAGUACUGGCUGACUCUUUAAUCAAGAAAAGAAAAUCAGCCUCUACGUUUUACAGAUGUUUUUGAAAAUCAUAGACUUGACAGACAUGUGUUAUUACCUGCUGUUAACACACUCAGCCUGCAGUGGGGUGCUCUGUCAGUUUCUGCCCUCUGUGCCUUUUUUUCCUCUGUGACCAACAGCACUGCCUCUAUCAGCAUACAAUAAAGUUUCAACCACAGGAAAAAUGGCUAUAAGCUGCUGUUUUCUCAUAAGUGUGACUUUCACAAUGUAAGGAACAACAUCAACAACCUAAUGUGUGCACAAGUGUGAAAAUAAGCUCACUUUUGUAUUCAGCUACUGUUAA